CACGGUUGCCAUCCAACCGGCUGAACUAAUUCCAAUUAGUGCUGCUGUUGCUCCCUCAGCAGUCUUCAAGCCUCCUCCGCCUCCACCUGUGUUUUUGUCCUGUCCUGCCCUGCCCUGCCCUGUCCCAGGUCGCGCCCUCCUCUCCCUUCCCUUCCUUCUGGAUUCCUUCGUCGUCGCUUUUUUUCAAAGUCUUUCUGAACUUUUCUAUAACUUGCUCCAGAAAAGCCUCGUGCCAAUCCAGUGCUUGUCCUUUGUCCCGGUCAUCACUGGAUUAAUCCUUCGUUUUCUCUGCACCUGGUCUUGGCGUGGUUGUUGCUGUUGUUGUUUGUUUGGGGCCGCUCUUAGUAUAACUUUAGCUGCUGCUGCAACAAAACUGCUCCUGCGCAGAGCGCAGAGAAAGUAAACAACAACAGCCCAAGUCCCAUCCACAACCCACGUCGAGUUCUGGAGGCUCAAAAGUGAACGCUGACUCAAGUUCACCAUGGAUGCAAAGCCCCAGAGAAUCCGCGUUCGCGGCGACGAAAAUGCCCCCUUCCCUGCCGUAGCCGGCAAGACCAUCCACCAGCAGAACAAAUCGACCCCUGCGUUGUCGGCCCUCUAUCAGAACGGCGUUUCGAAGCCUACCACCAAGCGAGCGGCCUUUGGAGAUGUCAGCAACACGUCAAAGCCCGUCAAUGCCAGCCGCGACGACGCAUCCCUUGCUGGAAGGAAGCAGUCCAAAGCUGCCGAGAAGCCCUCGGUGGUCAUUGAGAAGAGGUCCACUGUCCUAGCACAACCGGCCCAACGCCCAGGGGGGAUGAAGGGAAUCUUGAGUAAUGUCACCAAUGUCGCUCAUGCGAAGUCCGUCGAGCCGUCGAAGCAGGCUGCCAAUACACGCAAGACCCUGAACAAGCGGGCCACUAUCUUCAAGGACACAUCCAAGGCACAAGCCGAAAAAUGCGAAAACACAUCCAAGGAAACCAAGAAAGAAGCGAAGCAAGGAAAAGGUGAGCCUUCCCUUGCACAUGCGCCGAUUGCCCCUGCGAAGCAAGAUGGCGCAAAGGAAGAAACCCAAUCAGAUGAAGUCCAGGAUCCUGUAGUGGGAGAAUUGGAAGAGCACGCUGUCGUUACCUCUGCAGUGGUAAAAGAUGACAAAGAAUCCUCCAAGCUUGAUGAUGACGUUUGUGAGGUGCAAGGUGUGAGGGAGAGUCGUGAAAUCCGCGAGGAAGUUGGCCCUGCAGGCCACGAUAUAUCUGAUCCUGCUACCAAGUCUCACCGCGAAUCUGUCUCAAGCUCUCACGUCACCCAUGAUCGCCAACCGGCACAGGCUGAAUUUGAGGAUUAUUGGGACGAUGAAGAGGAGGAGAAUGAGGACGAUGAUGGAUACAUCACGGCUCGCUCUUAUCGUUCGCGUGGCGAGAACACCACCGGCGGCGCUACGACGGUCCUGUUCCCUAAGUACACCCAGCAAGUCCGACGGGAAUUAGCCCUUGCACAGCAAGUUGUCGAAGCUACGCGAACAGAGGAAGAUAUUGAAGAUGAGUUCUGGGACACAAGUAUGGUUGCGGAGUACAGUGAGGAAAUUUUCGAGUAUAUGAGAGAGCAAGAGAUCAAGUUAUUGCCAAAUGCGCAUUACAUGGACAACCAGGCCGAGAUCCAGUGGUCGAUGCGCUCCGUUCUCAUGGACUGGCUAGUGCAAGUCCACCAUCGGUUCUCGCUGCUGCCUGAGACCCUCUUCCUUUGCGUCAAUUACAUUGACCGGUUCCUGUCCUGCAAGAUUGUCUCUCUUAACAAACUUCAAUUGGUGGGCGCCACUGCGAUCUUCAUUGCUGCUAAGUAUGAAGAGAUCAACUGCCCGUCCAUUCAGGAGAUUGUCUACAUGGUCGACGGCGGCUACUCUGCAGACGAGAUCCUGAAAGCCGAAUGGUUCAUGUUGAGCAUGUUGCAGUUUGAAUUGGGAUGCCCUGGCCCGAUGAGUUUCCUGCGCCGCAUCAGCAAAGCCGACGAUUAUGAUCUGGAGACGCGCACUCUCGCCAAGUACUUUCUGGAAAUCACCAUCAUGGACGAACGCUUCGUUGGCAGCCCUGCUAGCUUUGUUGCAGCGGGAGCUCAUUGUUUGGCUAGACUGAUGCUGAGAAAGGGCGACUGGACACCCGCCCAUACCCACUAUGCAGGAUAUACUUACUCUCAGCUUCUGCCUCUCAUUUCGCUCAUGAUGGAGUGCUGCGAGAGGCCUAGCAAACACCAUGCCGCGAUCUACGAGAAGUAUACUGACAAGCGGUACAAACGCGCUUCUCUCUUCGUCGAGGCCGAAAUGAAGCGAGGGUUUCUUCUUCCUGACAACCACAAAGACACUUCUGUUUUCCGCCGGAACUCAACCCUCGAAGCAGGCCACUAUUGCAAGAAAGUCAACAUUUAGUGUCAUUCCUUACCUAGGUCCCCAAUCAGGCUCAUGCUUCGAUAGUCGAGCGCCGAACCACCAUACAGGGAAUCAAUCGACCCACACCACGUGCUACUGGCCAGAACUCUUGAUUCCUUCUUUCACUCUUUACAUUUCCUUACACUUUAAUCAAUGGACUAGGGGCGAUGUCCCAAGUUAUGCACAUUGGACUUUAGAACCCACAAAAAAGAAAAACUGACCACAGGG